CGGUUACUCAAAAAAAGAAACCACAAUUACCUUUUGCUCUUUCUUUAUCACAACUGCUCAUUCAAUUAUUCACACAGUCAUCGUCCCUACUACACUUUUCAUUCCUCGAAUGAUGGAUUCAACUAGUUCGGAGCAUGACGUAAAAAAGAACAAAAAGCAACAGAGAAAGCAGCAGAGAAUCCACAGUCGAAGUCGAUCGGCUUCAUCUUCCACAGCAGCAUCAAUCUUCACAUCCUCAGUUUCAAACUCUGCUAUCGCCGAUAACAAUGAUAGCCAAGGUGUUAGCAAUAGUAGCAGUCGAGGCUGGCUUGAUAAUAUGGGUAUGGUACAACUAAAGCCUUCCAAAUCAAUUGAUUACUGCGAAAAUACAUCCACACUGGACCAUAUGUCCGAAAAACACCAUAAAAACAAGCCAGUAUCAAGCGUUGAUGCGGCAAGCAACAACAACAAAGAGAAGCUACUCAAUACGGUCUCUGAUGAGGAUAUUCUGAAACUAACUGAAAUGGCUGUCCAUUUACCCGAUAUAUCAACUUCUUCUCAGUUACAUUUGUCUGGACUUCAUCGAGGUUCUAGCAAAACUAACAGAGAACACCCUCAUCCUCAACAACAGCACAGACAUACGAAGUCAGUUUUACAUCCCACUUCGCAUGCUGACAGUAAAGAUAAGCAAUCAUCUUCUUUCUCAUAUGUUUCGUCUCCAAGUCAUUCAAUGGGCACUAAUAGUAGUGAUAUAAUGGAUGUGCCUACCAACGUAUCUCAACAUUUUCAGCAAUUCUUUGUGAAAGGUGAUGAAUCUAGUUCAAAUAUAUCAGACGAUCAAAGUAGUUUGGACAACAAUAAAGUCUCUUCAUCGAACUCUAUAAAGGCAAAAGAGAUUAUGACGCCGACAAUACCCAUUCCAGACAAAGAUCAUGUGUUUAACCACCCAUUCUUACGACCCCCAAUAAUGACUAUCACGAACAAUCGAGAACCAUCAAUAUCUUCAAAAGAUGAUGAGGAUGGUGAUAUUGCUGAUUUGAACCGGAAUAAAGUUGAUGAUAACGAAUUAGCGAAGAAGGAAGAGCAGCAUAUAUUUAUGUUUGAUUAUGAAAGUUUACCUAAAGAAGUCAGGGCAUUGGUAGAUGCCUACGAGCAAAAUGGAAAAGUAGUUCACAGAAAACUGACGGUCAGAUUGAAAAAGGAUAAUAGUGAUGGUAGUAACUCUCUGCAGCCAUUACAGCUGGCUAUAGAUGAGGAGGUGGCUGCUCCAACAACAGCAGCAGCAGAAUGCAAGCUUGAUACCGGAAAUAUAAACAACUAUGUUCUCUUGCGUGAUUUAUUAAUUGGUGGAAAUGCAUCUGAAUUGGACUAUCACACCAAUCCUGUUAGAGAUAUUGCUGUGUUGACGACUACAGUAGCAGACAAUCUAGACUUCAAAAAACUAUUGCAAUUAAAACCAGACAAUUCCCUUUUGGAUAUUCAGGUUUUUCUGUUUUUAAAUAAAAAGGCAAAAAGUGAAGGAUCAAUACAAGCAACAGCUCCUAUAGAUGUUUACAAGCGAAAUAACGAUGAAGACGAUGAAGACGAUGACGACGAUGACGACGAUGACGACGACGACGACGACGACGACAAGGAGGAAGAAUUGAACACGCAAGAAGAGAUUCGAGACAUUUUGAAGGUAGUUGAAAGCCGACUUGAAACGCUAGGAACCCUCAAAAACGAGUCCAUGGACUUUCUACAGGAACAUUUGGACACACUUGAAUCGCUCCAACUAUACGAUGGAUUCAGCAAUACCAGUAAUAAAUAUUUUAUACCCAACAAUGAUCGAAAAUCAAAGUUACCUCGCACUUACUCUCAACCAGCAAUAAGCACAUCAUCUUCUUUUACUGACACAUCUCUAUCAACUACAAAAGAACUCGAAAGUUAUAGUGUUCGACCCUCAUCAUCAUCUAUUUAUACCAUAUCAUCUUCAGCAUCGUCUUCUUCAUCGAUAGAAGAGGACGGACUUAUUCUUCGACCUACCAAAGAUUUAAUCCAUUUGCAUCAUUAUCGCAGUUAUAGUAGUGGUCAGCCAAUAUCAUUUAAACAGCAGCAGCAACAAGCGUUUAGUGAUAGUAACAGGCAGGCUCAUUCCACGUUCAUAUCUGGACGCCAUUCAAUAGCCGAUACGUUGUCAAACACUUUUAUGCAUGACCCGUUUGAAGAAAGACAGUCUGAAAUAGACCAAUUGAUCGAUAAUCUCCAGAAAGAAUUGAUGGACUUCAAAACAUUUCUGCAACAUACAGAGGAACUCGUUGAGGAUGUACAACUGGAUAUAGAUGACUUCAGAAGUAGAAUGGAUACCUACAUCAAAGAUAUCCCGGAGUCGCAUUAUUCUGCGCUCAAAAAAUUGGAAGUUGAUAUCGAGUAUAUUUUGUCAAAAAGAGCUAAGAAUCCUUAUAUAGAUACUGGUUAUGCUCUUUUGUCCUAUUUAUUGACAGCUUUUGCUUUGUUAGUUUGGGUCAUUAUUUAUAUAAUGAAAUGGUGUAAACGUGUCAUUACAUUUCCAUUCAAAUUAUGGAGAGAUUAUAAGGAUUAUCUGGUCGAAAGAAACAGGGCUGUCAAAAGAGCCAGUAUGCGUACUCUUUCCGGUGAUAAUCUGUUGUCCAUGUCCACCAUGAUGACCGCCAGUAAUAAUAAUGGUCGUAUCAACAACAUUAAUAGCAAUGGGAAACGCAGUAGUAUUAGCAGUAAUAGUAGUGACUUCAUAACCUUUAGAAAUUUGGCUCAACGAUCUUCAGCGUUCUCAUCAUCCGAAAUCUAGUUGUAAAUUUACUUGUGUAAACCUUGUGGUUAUGUAUAUAAAUAUAAUCCUUUUGUACAAAGUAAACAAAAGGAGUUUUUGGUUAUGAAUCAAAAUUGAACUUCUUGUAAAUAUAUGCUCU